AUGGCUACUUUAGGAGCACGAUGUGAGCUCCUGGCUUCUAGUAACAAUGGUAGCUUACGUAGCAGUAUAAAGCGAUACGGUGAGAUUGCAUAUAUAGGUUCAAUUGAAGGUCUACCUGGGGAUGUAUGGAUAGGUGUAAGACUUGAUAAACCACUUGGUAAAGGCGAUGGGUCAUUUCAAGGCAAACGCUUAUUUGAGUGUAAACCAUUACAUGGCGCUAUUGUACGACCUGAGAGAGUUAAUAUUGAGGGUCAGUUUCCUAUACUUACGACUAAUGAGGAGAGCUUGGCACAUGCACUUGAAGAACAACGCAAGGAGAAGAAAGACAUGAAAAGUGCGAGUGUUAAUGCUAACGAUGUCUCAAAGCAGCAUCAGGAGCUGACGACGGAUGAGCUCGUGACGACGUUUUGGGAAACGUUUACACAAAAGGAGAAUUUUAUUCGUAUGCAAGUGCAACUAUUUUGUGAGCAAAAGAAGCAGCCGUUGCCUUGCGAACCGACCAAGGAGGUUCAGCUGGAUGCACUGCUGCUUGAAGUAAACGCUAUGAGAGAUGCUGCUGCUACGGCAGCGUCACUGUAUUUGUCACCGUAUGAUACUCGUCACACGCAAUUGAUCCUGUCCAAGCUUCAGGAGCUCAUUGAUACUACUCGUGCGAGUUUUGCACCAAGGAAAAAAUUUACGUUUCGAGCUCGAGUGGCGAAAAGUGCGAAAGCCGAGGAGCAGAACGAACCAGAACAGGAUACGUCAUCGGACUCGACUGAAAAGCAAUGCAACAAGCAGAUCUUGCCUAUAUCGCAGAAAAUGAUGGAAUUUGAUGAACUCGUACACGCUAACAAACAGAACGAGGUGAUUAUUAUUGACAGCAGUAGCUUCACUGAUGUACCCGACAAACGCCGCGAUCUGAACUUUUCUCAUUUGACGAAUUGUGUCGUGUUUGUAUCCGUGGAGACAUCAGCUAUACGAUGUAAUGCGCUAAAAGGUUGUGUUUUUUACACUGGAGCGAUCUUUGGAAGCUUAUGGCUUGAGCACUGCGAGGGUUGCGAAUUUAUCGUUGCUUGUCGCCAGCUGCGCGUUCACUCGAGCACUGCCACGAUUUUUCACCUGCGCAGUUCGAGCCACCCUAUUAUCGAGGACUGCCAGCAGAUGCAGUUUGGGCCUUACUGCUUGCGUUUUGACGGGUCGAAGGCACAACUCGAGCGCUUGGGAUUGCAAAAGGAUCCAGGGCUUUGGGCGAAAGUGAAGGACUUCAAGUGGCAUAAAGUACAGCAGUCUCCAAACUGGAGCAUUUGCGAUCCGAAACAAUCGCUGCCAAAAAUUCCUACAGAGUUGGAGGACCUGAUAUCAUACGAGUAA